AUGCUUGGCCCGUGCCGUUCGACUCCCACUUGGGAUGUUGAUAAGACCUAUGCGAGGUCGAAACAGCAAUCUACCUUGGAUUGGAAAGCAAGGGCCACGUUUAUGGCCAAGCCCGUGUACUCCGAAACAAGCGUUUCUGAUCCCAACCGCUUCGGCGAUUUCAUCCAUCACGCCAAGUCCGUGACUCCGCCCCAAGCAGUGCACAAGGAUUCCUCUAAUCGAGUAUUCUGUUUAUUAGAUUCCUUACAGCCUCUCGAAUCUUGA